GAUAACAGUUGCUCUUAGAAACUUACUCGUCCCAGGUUUGGGCCAAGUAUUUUGAGGGUCUAAAGAGGGGCUGAUCUUUGUUGCAAAAUGGCGCUUUCUCUUUUUGCACGUCGAAUUCGACCACAGGCUGUCAAGAUUCCUUCUCUGGUAGCCUCUUCCAGAAGAUUGAACAGCACUUUGGUCGAGACUGAUCAAGAUGGCAAAAUAUUUUUCGUUUCGAUCGCACGGCCAGAGAAGCGCAACGCGGUCAAUGCAAAAACCGCGGAGCUACUUGCAGAAGCGUUUCGCAAUUUCGAGAUCGACGAUGAAUGCGCGGUGGCCGUGUUAUACGGGAAAGGAGAUACGUUUUGUGCUGGAUAUGACUUGGAAGAAUUAUCUCAAAGGGGCCCAGAUGAGUAUCUUAAAUCAAUCGCACCACCUGGGGAAGGAGAUGCACCCAUGGGCCCAUCUCGACUUAAGCUCAGUAAACCAGUGAUUGGUGCCAUUGAAGGAUAUGCAGUUGCCGGAGGAAUGGAGUUAGCUUUGAUGUGUGACCUCAGGGUUGUUGCAGAAGAUACAGUUAUGGGAAUAUUUAACAGGAGAUUUGGUGUUCCUCUUCUGGAUGGCGGUACUGUAAGGUUGCCAUACAUUGUCGGCCUAUCACGUGCAUUAGACCUGAUAAUGACAGGCCGAGCAGUGGAUGCUAAAGAAGCUUAUAGCAUGGGCUUAGUGAACAGAAUUGUUCCUAAGGGAAAAGCAGUUGAAGAGGCUAUCAAGCUUGCUAAACUAAUUGCUCGUUUCCCAACAGAGGCGCUCACUGCUGAACGCAAGGCUGUGUUCUACUCUAUGUUCAAUGCAGAGUCUUUUAAUGAUGCCUUGACAUACGAGCACGCAAAGGGAGUGAAGCUGAAAACCAUGAAAGAUGCCAUUGAAGGGGCUAAGGAUUUUUUAAAAGGAAAGGGACGUAAAGGGUCUUUUGAAGAUUAUCUUGAUUAAAAUCUUUCUGACCAAAUUAUAGAUAUUUACACAGACUGAGGGGUUGUUAAUUACACUGCAUCCUUGAUUGUGUAGUUACUAGCACAAGUAUGACGUGACAUUUCAGUGUUUACAACCUUUAGUUAGGUGUGAUAGGGGCUCCAAACGGUAAGACCCAAGACUUGCUAAGACAGCAAAAUCCUUGUCUGAGCUUGAAAGACUUAAUUAAAAGUUUUAGACUCAGGGACGGAAAGAAACAUAAAGUCAAGACUGAGGGAUUGUUAAUUACACUGUGUCCUUGAUUGUGUAGCUACUAGCACGAAUAUGAGGUGACAUUUCAGUGUGACUCGUUUACAACCUUUAGUAAUUAGGUGUUAUUAAUGGGUUACAAAUGGUAUGGUCCAAGACUUGCCAAGAUGGUAAGAUCCUUGUUUGAAAUUCCAGGACUACGACUUAACACAGUUUAAUCCCAGUAACAGAAAGAAAAACAAAAACGAGACUUUUGUGACUCAUCACAAAGGAUUGCGAGACAUGUAUGAGAUUGGAUCAAAAAUUUUCAAAACCUGCAAGAUUUUCUAUACCAUUUGUGGUGAACAGUAAAUUCAAGAUUUUGCAGGAGGUCAAGACUACCAAAAACAUCUUUUCUGCAAACCUAAGAAAUUAGUCUUUAAGAAGAACUGAAGACUUGCAAAUGUGGUUUUGUGAAAGAAAAAAAAACAAAAAAAAAAACAAAAAAACCCCAGUAAGAAUGCAACAGUAAGAACCGUGAAAGUAAACUAAAAUUCUGUAGGCUUUUUUUUCGUAUUCCCCCUACGGUCAAUAUUUCUUAUCAAAUUGGUUGACAAUUGGCUGCCAAAGUUGACUGUUGAUUGUUACUAAUAAUUAUCAUAUUGAAAAAAUAUUAUUUUAAUGACAUUACUAAUUAAAAUCAGAAAUUAUAUUGCAGUAUUUUUCACUUCAUUGUUACAUGAAGCUUAAGGAAGCUUAAAACCAUACCGUAAUAAAGAUAAGUACAAAGUUAAUGUAAUAAAAAGUUUACUGUGUAAAAUAACUGUAGUAUUGCUUCAUACGUAGUAUGUAACAUGGAAUUACGAUCUAGCGAACAUCAGUAUCAUUCUUAGCAAUAGAGCAAUAGCUACUAUUAUUAACGCCUUUUCAAGUUACCAGCAUUAGCUUUCCCCUUCACUUCCAUGGCAGUUAUAUGUUUGUUUUUCUUGAUGUGUUGAUAAUCUCGUAAUUUAUGUAUUUAUAAUUAUCUUGUACAGGCUCUCGAUUGGCCUCUAGUCCUAUCGUAGUUUAUUUCGAAGAUUGUAAUUAUAGAAUGAAUCAUUUUCCGUGCUGUUCAGUGUGUGUGUAGGAUUGAAAUAAACUGCCUGAUCCCAAA